AUGUGGCGGCGCACGGGACCUCCGUCUCGCGCGCUCCUACUCCUCCUGCUGGCGUCCCUGACUUUGCCAGGCAAUGGUAACCAGGGCAGUGUCAUUGGAAGUUGUCACUGCGAUCAUGUAAUUUCUACCCCCCUACCAACGGGACGCAGGGAGCAUAUGCGAAAACACCUGAAAGGCUACCAGCGCUGUCCACCCUUUGUCAGGUUCCAGCUGCAUUCUCGGACUGUGUGUGGGGGCAGCACCCAGCUGUGGGUUCUGGAGUUGAUGAGCUGCUUUGAUCACAAAAAAUGUGGAUAUGUCUCCGUGAAGAAUUCAGCUCUCCAAAAGCAUUUACCUCCCCUCAGCACUGAGGUUCCUGAGCCCACAAAGGGGACUUCAGACGUGGGCACCUCUGCCCGGAUGUAUCUGCCACCCACUCUGCUGUCUACCCAGCUGCCCACCCUUCCAGCAGCAGCACCGUCUUUGGACAGAAGUCUCACCCCCUUCAACGAAACCACCACUCCCACUGUGGGCCACAGUCUGGCGGCUGGGCCUGAGGCUGGGCAGAACCAGAAGCAGUUGGAAGACCGUGUGGGUCCCCCAGGUGGGAAUUCAGCCAUGGUUGCGGUGCUGUCCCUCCUGGCCACCGUCUUCAUUCUCACUGGAGUCCUCCUCUACGUGCUGUGCAAGAGGAGGAGGGAACAGUCAAAACAGUACUGCCCAGAUCUGCAGCUCCAUUACAUACCGGUGGCAUCAGGCUCCUAA